AUGUCGUCUCUGUCGCCAACACCGCCGACUCCCAAGGGCUCUCGGGCUCAGAGACGUAAUCAGAAACGAAACCCGACACCGUCCGUACAGAAGAUCACCCCUCCUCUCAACACCCCCCCGUCAUCGCCACCGAGAGACCAGAGCUCCGAGGAAACGCCAAAAGACAAUGGUAUCUCAUCCAGGAAGAAGAAUGGCGCUCGGUCCGGGAAAAAGACGCGUGAUGUUUCGAAACCUUCGUCAGUGUCUCAAAACGGGCACCGACAUACAUCCUCACAGCCCAAUGUUACAACACCUCAGAUGAAGGAUAGCCCGCACUACGCAGGCCCAACGUUCCAUGCAUCCCCUGCGCCAUCUGCACUUCCUAUGCCAAGUUUCUUCUCCAAAUCUAUGCCCGAUUCCGACCUUGCGCCUACACUAGAGAUGGAGAGCGAUGCGUUGGAGGGAGAUUCGUAUUUUGAACGUACCCCCUCAAAACAAAAGCCGCGCGCUCUGCACCACGGUGAAGACGCAAAACCAACACCCUUGGAUUUCUUGUUCAAAGCGGCGGUGGAGGCUCGCAAAUCAGAAAUUCAGACUGGCCUGGAAGCUGGUGCACAGAGUCCCCUACCUUCAUAUGCCGGGGCCAGAACCCCUGCAUCUCAGCACAAGCCAAAUGCCAUCGCUGGCGGAUUUCAUCCAUUGGAAUCCAUGAACCCUGAGCUGAGACAAUCGCCCAUAGGUCCAGCCUUUGCGACGCCUUACCGGGAUCGCAUGAACGCGCUGCGAUCUGCCAGCUCUCCGACUCAAGCCCCGAUGUACGAGGAUGAGGCUCAAAGGAAAGCCAAGACCGAGGCUUUAAAAAACUUGAUCUUCAACCCUCGGCCUCAGAGGCCGUCAUCUGCAUCGCCAUUCGUUACGGAGUCGGGGACUGAUACCCAUGAACGCGCUGGUCAUAGUGCCGGCAUAUCCCAUUUCGCGACCCCGCUUCGCACGUCCUCAGGGCCAGCUACCCCUGUCUCCUAUGGUUCCCCCUAUCGUCUAAAGCAACCCAAUUUCGGUACCGGAUACCCUCUGCAGAAUACGCUAGCUCGACCUGGCUCCAACGAAUACUUCCCAGGAUCAUCCCUGAAACAUGAUAUCUCCUCUCAACCCACGUAUAGCCCGGAGCGGCCUGGAGGAAGACCCUUCGGCUCGCCAUAUACAUCCAACGCUCAAUCAGUCAUGGCCAAUCACACUGCAAUGUAUCCCGCGAUCGCUUCUCCGGAAUUUCCGCCUUCGCGAGUCAUGCCGGUGAAUGUGCCUCCUGCUCCCAAGGCAGUAGACACCAAACAGAUCGAAGACGAUUUACGACGAAUCUUAAAGCUUGAUGUUCGGCAAGGCGUUCAGGCUAACGGCGUUCAAAGCUCUUUGGCAUAA